CAGAAAAAUGAAGAACUUCAGUUUGUGUACAGUAUUGUUUACCCAGACUCUAACCUGACAACGACAACAUCUGCAGCUGACUUCAGCGGCCCUGUGUGGGUCAGACAGGAACAAUAUGGCGCCGGGAGGAACGUUAGCAUCGGGACCAGUCGUUGUCUGAGAGACUGGUGAUCCGGCAGGAUGAACCUCUGCGCCCAGUACCUCCGACAGGCAGAGGCCCUGAAAGCUGACAUGACAGAUUCAAAGCUGGGGGCAGCAGAGGUGUGGACGUCCCGGCAGGCCCUGCAGGACCUUUACCAGAAGAUGCUGGUGACAGACCUGGAGUAUGCUCUGGACAAGAAGGUGGAGCAGGACCUGUGGAAUCAUGCUUUCAAGAACCAGAUCACCACGCUUCAGAGCCAGGCCAAGAACCGAGCCAACCCCAACCGCAGCGAGGUCCAGGCCAACCUGUCGCUGUUUCUGGAAGCUGCCAGUGGCUUCUACACACAGUUACUGCAGGAGCUGUGCACCGUGUUCAACGUGGACCUGCCCUGCCGCGUGAAGUCGUCUCAGCUCGGCAUCAUCAGCAAUAAGCAGAGCAACACCAGCGCCAUCGUCACCCCUCAGCCCAGCUCCUGCUCCUACAUCUGCCAGCACUGCCUCGUCCAUCUCGGAGACAUCGCUCGAUAUCGUAACCAGACCAGCCAGGCCGAGUCCUACUACCGGCACGCAGCUCAGCUGGUUCCAUCUAACGGUCAGCCCUACAACCAGCUGGCCAUCCUGGCCUCCUCUAAAGGAGACCACCUCACCACCAUCUUCUAUUACUGCCGCAGCAUUGCAGUCAAGUUCCCCUUCCCAGCAGCCUCCACCAACCUGCAGAAGGCGCUGUCCAAGGCUCUGGAGAGUCGCGAUGAAGUGAAAACCAAGUGGAGCGUGUCCGAUUUCAUCAAGGCCUUCAUCAAGUUUCACGGUCACGUCUACCUGAGUAAGAGUCUGGACAAGCUGGACGGCCUGAGAGAGAAACUGGAGGAGCAGUUUCAGAGGCUGAUCCUGCAGAAAGCCUUCAGCUCUCAGCAGCUCGUCCACAUCACCGUCAUUAACCUGUUUGAGCUGCACCACCUCAGAGACCUGACGGCUGACGGCAGCGAGCAGAGCUACAGCAGCGAGCAGCAGAUCAGCUGGUUCCAGCUCCUCGGCCUUUUCAUGUCCUUCCUGGGCGUCAUGUGCAGCCGCGUGCUGCUCAACAAGAACCGCGGGGAGGAGAUCAUGGGCGAGUGCCCGCUGCCGGCCAUCAAGGUGUCGCUGGACUGGCUCAAACUGAGGCCCAGCGUCUUCCACGAGGCCGCUCUUGUUAAACGGCAGUACGUUUGGCCCUGGCUCGUGUCCAUUCUCAACAGUUUCCAGCCCAAAGAGGACGACCUGUCCUGCUCCUCAGUCACACCCCUGCCUGAGGAGUUUGAGCUGCAGGGUUUCUUGGCUCUCCGUCCUGCUCUGAGGUGUCUGGACUUCACCAAAGGACAUCAGGGCAUCCUGGUGGACCGGGACGGCCUGCCGGUGCAUGCCCGACACCAGCGACUCAUCAGCCUGGGCAAAUGGGUGGCUGACAGCCAGCCGGGACUGAUCCAGUGCAGAGUGAGCGAGGAUGGCCUCCUCAUCUUCAUGACUGACAUUCCAGAAGAGGCCAUUGAGGAGCCGCAGGAAAAGGAGGUACCCGUGCUGCAGGAGUCGUUGAAUGGCGAGCAGACGGCCAACGACGGCGGGAAUUCCGGCCUGAAGUCCGUGCUUUCGGUGGGGAAGACUCAGAGCUCGUGGCCCGACAGCAGCGACCGUCCAGUGGUCACCUUCAAAGAGAACAUCAAACCCAGAGAGCAGAGCCGUGACCCCACAAGGAACCACCAUCAGAAAGAUGGUGGCAAGGAGCGCCGAGACUUCUCCAAAGGCAACGGGGCCGCUGGGAAAACAGAGCUGAAGAGGGACGGUAAGAGGAAGAGCGAGCUGAAGAAGAGCGUCCAUGAGAAAACGGCCGAUGCUGGAAAACAGGUGAAGGCACAGACAGAGCUGAGGAAGACUCCGGUGUCUGAGGCUAAGAAGACUCCUGUCACUCAGACUCAAACCACCUGCUCAUCCCAGUUCAUCCCAAUCCAUCAUCCAGGAGCCUUCCCGCCUCUGCCCAGCAGACCCGGUUUCCCUCCCUCAGCCUAUGUGAUCCCUUCUCCCGUGGCCUUCCCUGGACUCCAGGUGAAUCCGGGCUUCACCUUCUCCACCGGUGUGUCCGUCCCAGGGCCUUUCCUCCAGCAGCCUGUCCACACCCAGGCGGGCACCCAGGUCCAAGCUGGGAAGCAGUCUCACAUUCCCUACAGUCAGCAGAGGCCCUCGGGCCCGGGGCCCGGUCAGGGGCUGGGAUCCUCGGGACACGGCCCGUCCCAGGCUCAGCAGGGCCAGACUCAGACUCCCUCCCAGCAGGCCUUGCAGCCGUCAGUCCAGCUGACGAUGAGUCAGCAGCAGUCACCCACCAAACCAGUCCAGCAGGUUGGGAUGGGAAAGAGUCCACCUCACCACCCAGGACUGCAGCAGUACAUGCAGGUCCAGGAGCAGUCGAGUCACAUGUGGAACCAGGCCCAGGCGGCCCUGCAGAAGGUGUCUCCCAUGCAGAUGCCCAUCAAGCAGCCGCAGCAGCAGAAGCAGCAGCAGCAGGCCUUCUACAUGGCAGCUCAGGAUCCUCUGAAGAUGUACGAGCACCAGCUGCAGUCGUCGGCUCAGGUCUCCAGCAUGGACAAGAAGAUGAAGUACCCCGACGUGAAGUUACAGGACUUCUACUGGGACUCGUCUUACAGGAUCGGGGACAGCCUGGCUGUGCUGGCCGACAGAAUGAAGAGGCCAUCGCCGGGGGGUAUCUGCUCAGAGCAGGAUGGGCCCCGGGGACCCCCGUUUGAGGACAACAAGAGCUCGCCUCUUCUACCUCCUGACCUGUUAAAAACUCUAGCAGAUUUUGAGGAGGAGGAGGAGCUCGUCUUUACUAAGCCUCCUGAUUUCUUCCAGGCCUUGGCUGGCCCUCUUAGCACUGCUCCUGGACCAAAUAUAUUUCUGCCAAACCAGACCCGAGUGGACAGCGGCCCCGAGGUCAUCAGCCAGUCGUCCUCUCUGCUGCCCAUACCCGGCUUCCCCAUGCAGGAGUACAACCAGAACAGCAUCUUCAGUCAGGCCUACGGUAAAAACCUGCCGCCCAGCUCCAAGCCCGACGCUCCCAUGGUGCACCAGGAGACGUCCCUCUACACGCUGUUUGAGGGCACCCCGUGGUCCCCUUCUCUCCCCGCCAGCUCAGAUCACUCUACGCCAGCCAGCCAGUCUCCUCACUCGUCCAAUCCCAGCAGCCUGCCGUCUUCCCCUCCAACCCACAACCACGGAGCCAUGCCUUUCUCCAACUUUGGGCCCAUCGGGACUCCGGACAACCGGGACCGCAGGGGAAUGGACUGCUGGAAGGCCAGCAAGAGUGGAGCAGUCGGCGGAUUCGGUCUGGACUACCUGCCAACCACGGCCUCCUCUGCAUCAGACAGCAGCUGGCACCAGGCUGGAUCGACGGGCAGCUCCUGGACCAAUCAGGACUCUCCAAUGGAGGAGUCGUCCUCCACCGUGCUGCUUGACAGCCUCAAGUCCAUCUGGUCGAGCUCCAUGAUGCAGCCGGGCCCUUCGGCGCUGGAGCAGCUCCUCCUGCAGCAGAAGCAGAAGCAGCAGCGAGGUCACGGCGCCAUGAACCCGCCUCACUGAACGGCAGCGCGAGGCGGCGCUUUGUGUCCGGACGUCAACAAACCACCACCAGGAGAAACGGAGGGGAAAAAAACCACAGAUGUUUGACGAAAACAAGCUCCAACUCAAAUUAAACCGGCGAGAAACGGUGGAGGCUGGGGAGGCAACACGACCCCCCGACGAGGCUGAAUCACCACCCCCACCCCCCUCGGCUGUCAAGGAGCGGUGACGCCCCUCCUGGAUCGGAGGGCGCGGGAUCUCUUCGACCGCGGUGCCACGCACCACGCCACCGCCGGGUUUCAUUCAACCGGUGGAAAUCUGAACAUUGAGGAACCACCCCCCCUUCACAUCACUGCCCCCCCGUUAUGGACAGACGCCACAUCUCCACGAACUCGUCAUCUGGAAGAACUUCUUCUUCUUUCUUUGGAAAAAGAUAAAAAAAAAAUUAAAACGGAAAAAAGAACGACCUCCUGGACGUCUGCUCGGUCCCGAUGGAGAGCCGGUUUUUAGCAUCUCCGCCGCCGCUGUAGACUGAAGCGGGGCCGUUCGAGAGCCAGAAUGAUGUGGUUGUCGGGUUUGGGGGGAGGCCAGGUGAUGCACGGGGGGGUCAAAACAAGACUGGACUUUCUGAUCUCCAUUCAUUUUCAUUACUGAGGAGGGAGGAAGGAAGAAAGGAAGGAAGGAAAGUUUUCAGCUAUAUAAAUAUAUACGUGAAUAUAUAUUGCCAUAGUUGGACUUGUGUCUUAGCCGUGAGAAUCAGGACUGGACGUUGUGAAGCCGGGUGUAACGCCUCCCGGGCUGAGCGCCCGCUUGUGUCGGUGCCCGACGACGGGGUGGCUUCACGAUGAACAUCGCAGGAAAGACUGAGGAAAGAUCAUAAACACCCUGUCGACCGUAGGGAUAGUGUCACUGUUAGCUUCAAGAGAUUGCAGUUAUUAACAAAAAAACACAAAAAAUAGAAAAUGUACUUUGUGAUUUGUUCGUAGCCGUUUUAGCUUUGCGCCCUCCGGGUGAUACAGGUAUGUCUAUUAGCUUCCUGCUUGGAUAUUUUCGGGGUUCUCUUCCUCUCUGACCUCUUCUUCCUGUUAUUUCUUUACGUAAUGAAGAAAAAAUGGAAAUAUGUAACCCUGCUUGCUUACCUGCAUUUACUGUUUGUUUUUGUUGCCGUUCUUCUUCACUGGUUUUAUGCAGCUCGCCCAGAACGUUUUCUAUUAUCCUUUCUUGGAGAAGCACGACUGCAGCUCGAGGCUGUGCAGCAAAUUUGUUUUUUUAUUAUUAUUAUGGAACGGAGCGUCUGGAGACCCUGUAGCUCUGCUUUUAUUGAACCUGUGAGUGAAGCCCCGCCCCCUUCAGUGUAAAGCCACCCUAACCAGACUCAAAAGCUACCAAGAAAUAACAGCUAAAAAAGUGUAUUUGAUUACUGGUUAAUCUGCAGGUUCCAGUAGGCCAAAAAUAUUUCCCGGUUUGCUGUAAAAUACAGAAAUAUUUAGUUUAAUGACAUAAAAGUAAAAACAUGCAGAAGGUGGUGAGGCGGUGAGGACACGCUGAGUAACUCGCUCAGCACAGGCAGAGUGAAAUAUGAAGCAAUUAAGAAAUUAUUUUAAUGAAGAAUCUAUUUUCUUUAUUUAAUCAGUGAAUCAUUUGUGACGACUAAAAAUUCCUUCAGUGUUUCGUUUCCUGCUGCUUCUAACCAAUCCUGUAAGAGCGGCUCAGCUUCCUGUGACUGACAGAAAAAGGGCGGCGCUCUCAUGGUCCUUCGCCGUUGCUGCUCUCCUUUCGUUCUUUAAGGGUUUAAAGAUUCAUUUGAUUUUUUUCUAACAAACCUGCAACGUCGUUCAGAAAAAAUGUAAAACGUCUAACUCGCUGAUGAACGGACUUCUUGUUGCUUUCGCUUCAUUUGAAAGAAGAAGGUUCACCUGCAGCCCAGUUUGAUCUCACGCCAGUAAAACCAGAGCAGAUAUCUUUUUAAAAUAGUUUUCGCUUCAGUGGAAAGAAGUACUGAAACCUUGCGAAAGCAAAUCUUUGAAUAAUUGAGAGCAGAUCACGAGCAGCUCUGCAGGGAAACAAAGUCUGCUUUAAACACUUUAGCUCCAAACACCAACGUCAGUAUUUCACUUGUCUAUUAAUCAGCAGUGCAGUUUAUUGAAAACAUGUAAUUAUUAAGGUCUUUACUGCAGGUUUCACUUUUCAGAGGAGUGCGUGGGGGCGGGUCGGACCUGUGGAAAAGAAAAACCAUCACAGAGUCCGCGUGAAACUUUGGAUCUGCAGUCUGUGUGCUUUGUUUCAUAACCUAAGGAUUUAGCCCCAAAUAGGUUUCACCGUUUUGUUUAGUUUAUCCAAAAAGUCACGAGGUUCCAAACUGACGGGGAAAACAGGAUAGCUCACUAACUGUCCUCUGAAACAUCGUUCAGGCCGCCAGUGACCAGGUUUCAGGGCUGCGCGUAAACGUGAAAAUGUUCUUUCAAAUGAAGUCUCGUACGCCACCUUUGACGUCACGGUUUUCUGUGCUCGGACGACGGGAAUGUUUAUGUGUGAGCAGCAGGAUCCUAAACAGAUUUAACGUUGCCAUGACACCAAACAGUUUCUCCUCAUGAAUACUGAAACGUUUUUCUGUCCUGUGACCUCUGAGCUACAGUGAAGUUGAACCAUUGAGCUCAAGCUGCCCUCAAGAAUCGGCUGGCCUGUGUUUGCUUCGACUUUGUGAUCACGUUGUGGGAAAACUCAGGAUCUGAUGUAAACGCAUCACGUUAGGAGCUGAACAAAGUUCACGGCUCAGUUUUUAUCAGCCACUAACAAUAAAGUGUUCAGUGUGGUAUCAUCAGCACACUUGUGUUUCUAUAUUUGCCGUUUAAAAAGAUAAAUACUAAUUUCCAAACUGAGGCACUGAACUCAAACCCUUCCCCCGGCCCGGGUAAUGAUGACCUGCUGGAUGUUAUUCGCUUCGUUACUGUGGCUCGCCCUUCAUUAAAUGACGCAGGCAGAGGUUAGACUGCAGGUGUCUUGUUUUUAUAUUUUUGCCGUCGUAUUUAACCGCUUUAAAACAACAAGCCAAACUCGAUCCUCGUCCAUCUUUAAGUAGAUUUUUAGGUCUAAACGAGUUCCCGGGAAGGUUCAUGCGGUGGGAACGGCUGAUGCUGGAUCUGGGGGCAUCUGUGGCGUCACGCUGUCAUUAUUUUAGAGCGACAGCUGGCUAAUCAGGAUGCCAGGCUUGAGCAGGAUUUGACAGUUUGAACCGACAGGAAACAGUUUUCCAUGUUUAGAAAAUAAAGUUCUGAGGAGGAAGAAAUGAAAGCCUGUUUUUAUUUUCCUGGUGGGGCAUUUUACGAAAGCGGACUUCAGAGAGACGUGUCUGUUCUCUGUGUGAUUGUGCUUUUCAUGUUGCAUUUACAAAGUGUAUUUGAACAAUAAUAAAGAUAAAAUAUUCCUGAACGUGAGGGCGAAUUCGACCAGAAGUGUCAAGGAGAAGAUCCUCUUUGUUUUCGUGUCAGAAGCUCACCACGUAGAUCUCUGCUGACUCUCAUAUGAGUUACUUGAUGUACUUGGAUCGUCGAUGACAUUCCACUCGGAGAUGUUUGGGAGGCUUCAGGGCGGCAGGUCCUCGUCGGUUUGUGCUCUGACAGCAGAUUUGUAGUCACGUUUGAGAUCUGAGCUUUACUUUAAGGCUUUUUGUGUUUCUGUCUCUCUGUAGACUUUCAGAAAAGAUUGAAUCAGACUUUAAAUAAAAACCAACUAUGUUCUCCUUUAA